ACGACAAAAGCAGCCUUGAGGUUUUGCGAAGUGCAGAAAUGUCUCUAUGGAAACUUUUGAAUGCAUGCAUAUUAGUUUUACUUAUUUACGGAAAACUGUCAGUUGGACAGAAGAAAAAGGAGAUGUUGCUGUCAGACAAAGUUGGUCAGAUGAUGGAGUGGGCCAGUAAAAGAGCCGUUAUCCGAAUGAACGGAGAAAAGUUCCGGCGGUUUGUGAAGGCUCCUCCGCGGAACUACUCAGUGGUCGUCAUGUUCACCGCGCUUCAACCCCAGAGACAGUGUGGAGUGUGCAAACAGGCCGAUGAAGAAUACCAGGUCUUGGCUAACUCCUGGCGUUACUCCAGUGCUUUCACCAAUAAGAUCUUCUUUGCAACUGUGGACUUUGAUGAGGGUUCAGAUGUUUUUCACAUGCUGAACAUGAAUUCUGCGCCCACGUUUGUGCACUUCCCAGCAAAGGGAAAGCCCAAGCGGGCUGACACGUACGAGCUGCAAGUUCGAGGCUUUGCAGCCGAGCAAAUCUCCAGAUGGAUCGCUGACAGGACUGACGUCAAUAUACGAGUGAUCAGACCUCCCAACUAUGCUGGGCCACUGAUGCUGGGCUUCUUGCUAGCGGUUAUUGGGAGCCUGGUGUACCUUCGACGGAACAACCUGGAGUUCCUCUACAACAAGAAUGCCUGGGCCUUCGCUGCACUGUGCUUUGUGUUGAUCAUGACUUCAGGGCAGAUGUGGAAUCACAUCCGCGGACCUCCAUACGCUCACAAGAACCCCAACACUGGACAAGUGAGUUACAUUCAUGGCAGCAGUCAAGCCCAGUUUGUGGCAGAAACCCACAUUGUGCUACUGUUCAAUUCUGCUGUAACAUUGGGAAUGGUGCUCCUGCAUGAAGCAGCUACAUCUGACAUGGAUGUUGGGAAAAGGAAAAUUAUGUGUGUGGCUGGAAUUGGUCUAGUCGUUCUUUUCUUCAGCUGGCUGUUGUCAGUCUUCAGAGCCAAAUACCAUGGUUAUCCCUACAGUUUCCUGAUGAGUUAAGUUGGGAGGACACGGUAUCUGUGCGGAGCAUCCAGGCUGUGCCAUGCUGAACCUUUGAAACUCAAGCUCAAAAGUGCCUUAACCAAAAGUGAAAUGCUCAGCUGAUGCAUUUGCUAGCUGUCAUACUCUUUAGUCAGGAUUAUCUCCCAGUAUCACUGACCAAGUGUCAAUCAAUGAUCAGUACCAACCUCAAAGCACUAGUGAGUUUUGUUAUUUUGUGACAUUAUUUUUGUUUAGGCUGUUGUUGCAAGGCCUUUUCAAUGACCUUUUGUAAGGGCUUUUAAAAACCAAUCAAAGGAUUUGUGGUGAAAUUAUGUAUUGUGCUAGAAAAACAAAUAUGAACCCCAAACUGUGUGAGGGUAGUCAAAGUGGAUCAUUUUUAAAAAACUAAAGCCAGAAUGCUGCGAAUUGGAUAGUGCUGUACAUUUUGACAGCAUUUCAUCUGUUGCUUUUUGCCUAAGGAUUCCUUUUAUAUGGAUUACUAGCCAUUU